AUGGGAGUGAGGUGCUUCACGUGGAAGGUGAUGGUGUUCAAAGAUGGGAAGAAAGGCCAGCACCACCCCUCGCAGCAUCACUCACAGAGACAUGCGCAUCAAAAUGCAGAUCGUAGACACAGUCACACUCAUUCCCGCUCACACUCCCUGUCCCCGUUCCGGCGCCACGGUCACUCCGAUGGUCGCACGGAACAAGAGGAAGCAGCAGUGGCUGCGGAAACAGCAGCAGCUGGGGCAGCAGCAGCGGGCGGAAGAGUCAAGAACGGCAUGAAUGGUGCUGACGGCAUGGGUGUUGAAGGGGUAGAUCGGAGGAGAGCGAGCGCAGCCGUUGCAGCAGCGACAGGAGCAGCUGUUGCUGCGACCGCAGCAGCAGGAGCAGCAGCAGCAGCAGCAGGCGAUGAGGAUGGAGGCAGUGAGGACGAGACGUCAGAGAACAGCAACGGCUCGUGGAUACGGCUCAUCCAGCACACCCACCAGCAGCACCAGCAUGGGAGUAAGCCCACGCUCGAUUCCCUGAAUGGCCACACGGAAGGCACUUCCGCGUUUGUCUCGUCUGAUCAGGUGCAGCAGGCACAGCAGCAGCAGCAGGCACAGCAGCAGCAGCAGCAGCAGCAGCAGCAAGAGCAGCAGCGGCAGCAGGAGGAGCAGCGGAGACCCCCUGGUGACAUGGCAGGGCGUGCAGAGGGGAAGGAUCGGAGACACGUGGACGAACGAGUGUCGCUGCAGGUCUGUGGUGCUGCUGCAGAGACUGCAGAGGCGGCAGAAGCUGAUGGCGGAUGCAGAGAGGAGGGGCGAGGACAGGAGAGGAGCGAGGAGGGCGGGAGAGGAGGUGAGGGAGGCGAGGGAGACGCGGAGAGCAGGCGGCGGGAGAGGGAGCAGGGGAGGGAUUCGGAGGGGGGGCAAUGGAGAGGAGAGGGUGGGGCGGGGGUGAGUGGCGUGACGGAGGGCAGUGGCUUGGGGCGAGCGCGCUCGUGCUCGCCUAUGGGACGCGGGCAUGUGGUGGUGAGAGAAAUGGCCGGGACUGGGGAGAUUGAUGAGCGCAAGAGCCCUGCGCGGGCGAGGGAGGUUGACGAGUGGGUGGCCAGCUGCCUGCAGGCCGCCCUGGACCCUCUCUCUGCUUCUCACCCUGCAGCUGACUCUGCGGGAACGGCCGAGGGGGUAGUAUCAGCAGCUGCUGCUGCAGCAGCAGCAAGGGGUGGGAGUAGAGCGGGUGCGCGUGCUGCGUUGCACCUACCUGGUGUACCGGGUACUGGCAGUGACAGGGACCGACAUGGCGUUGGGGAUGGGGAUGGAUGUGGCGAUGGAGGCAGCAACAACAGUGAUGAUUUCAACGACCCGGACGAGUUCUUCUCUGUGGCGGGUCCGUGCUCGCCCCCUCCCCCCUUUGCUUCCUCUCCCCCUUGCUCCCCCCCCUUCGUGCUAACUCUCCCCCGUGCUCUCCCCCGUGCUCCCUCUCCCCAUUGCUCCCUCUCCCACUUGCUCCACCCCUCUUUCACCCCGUUUAUGUGCUCCCUCUCGCGCUUCACGCUCCAAGUCCCUCUCUCGCAGCAACUCCAUGCGCUCCUUUUCCCAGUCCUCCCCUCGCUCCAUUCCCCCCCCUCGCUCUCCUCGCUCCCAGAUGUCAUGCCACCAUCUGACUCCCCGGCAGCACCCAACGCCCCUCAAUUAGCUGCCACCGCACAUCCCCCCUCCCCCGCCGCCCACUCCCCUCUCCCCCGCCCCACCACCCCGCGCUCGCUGCCGUACCGCACGCGCAGCACCGACUUUGGCUCGGCCAAGCAGCGAGUCUCCAACCUGCAACUCCUCUCCUCCUCCCUCCUCUCGCCCUCCCCUGCCGACGCCGCUGCUCCGUCCCCUGCUGCCUCCCUCGGGGGUAGCAGUUUCGGUGGUGGUGGUGCCAUGGCGGGCACAGAUGCUGAAGCUCCCUCCACAGUGGACCGUGGUCGGUCUAGUGGCAGCAUGAGGCUCCCUUCACUUGACGCUUCUGCAGCUGCUGGUGCAGCUGCUGGCAGUGGGGGCAUGGGAAUGGACCGGCCGGGUGCAGCAGGGGCAGGGGGUGGAGGGUCUCUCUUGGAGCGCACGUCAGGAGCAUCUGGUAGCGGUGGCGCGCUGCUGUCUAGACUCUUCCGCACCUCGUCUGCUCUCAACCCCAGCGAGUCCGUGAAGCGUUUGCUGAUGUGGCCACGGGCGGGCUCGCAGCUGUUUCGCUGCUCGCCCUCCGCCCGUGCUGCCACCAACUGCUGGUCGCCUGCUGACCCCUCCUUGCUGCUCGUGCGAGGUCCCAGCUAUGCCAGUGAUGGAGCCAAGGUCGCCCCUGCUGCCCCCCCUCUCUACGAGCCCUGGGCGGCAGACGUCUUUCACACGUCCAGGAAGAUCCGCCACAUUGCCGCCCACGUGGACCUCCCAGCCGCUCUCGUGCCGCCACCUGGCAGCGAGCCGGCAGCGCAGAGUAGCAACGGGCUGCCACCCGUGCUAAUCGUCAACAUCCAGGUCAGCACUCAUGCGUGUCGAGAGGGAAAGGGCAGAAACUGUGGUUCCUUACUCCUUCUUACUGGCUUCUCGUCCGUCUGUCCGGCCCCUCUGUCCCCUCUUCUGCCAACCCCUCGGCCUCCCCUGCCCACCCUCCAGCUGCCCCUGCAGCCACCCCCGCCGCUGCUCUCGCUGCAGCAGCGGGCGUGGGAUGGGCCGGGCCUGAGUGUGGUGCUCUAUUGUCGCCUGGGGGCACACUGGCGCAACCAGGCAAGCGCUCCUGCACAGAUGGCGGUACGUGGGCCUGUGGUUACAGGGGUGUGCAGCAUGGGGGCAUGGACACAUGUGGGACGGGCCAGGCCUGAGUGUGGUGCUGUACUGCCUGCUGGGGGCGCACUGGCUCUCAGGCAAGCGCUCCUGCACAGAUGGGGGUACCCUCCGUACCCACUCCCCUUCUCCUCACCAACUCUCAUCUCCUGCUGCCCGUCCGUUACCCCCUGUGCUGCUGCCCGUCCAUUCACCCCUGUGCUGCCUGCAUAUCUGCAGCCAGUGUUGCGUACAUGGGGUCCAAGGCACGGCCAAGGGAGGCAAGGAGGAGCGCCAGUGGAGGGAGAAGGCGAGGGGGGAGGGAAGAGGGCGGAGAAAGGUUCCCCUCACGUGCCUCGUGCAGCGACUGAGGAGGCGGUGAAGCGCGCAGAGCAGCCGCACGGGGCAGCAGGCACGGCAGCCGUGGAUGGGGUGGCUGCCGUGGAUGGGGUGGCUGCAUGUGAUGCUGCAGCAGGGCGAGAGGCGGAGCGUUCGGUCGCACAUGCUGAGGGCACCAGUGGCGGCAGCAGCGGCAGCAAGACACGGCGCAGCAACAGUGGCAGGCGUAGGGGCAGCUGGUCCAGCUACUCAUCUGCUGAUGAUACCACCAUGGGAGGGGAGGUGGCUGUGCAGGGGCACGGGGGGAAGGAGCAUGGGGGAAAGGAGCAUGUUAGGAGGGAGCACGGGGGGAAGUCGGAACGGUGGUCAAGGUCCGGGGGAGAUGAUGGGGAAAGGGAAGGCGGAGUGGAGAAGGUGGUUUGGGACCGGCCGAAGCUGAUGGUGAGGCUGGUGAACGAGGGGGAGGUGGCACUGAGUGCGGCGGGCAAGAAGCUGGUGGAGGGGUGCUCGGGAAAGGCUGGACUCACUCGCCCUUACCACACUGUUCUGCAGGUGAGAAGCGUGCUACCGUACUGUGUGCAUCAUAUCUCAUACAACCCUCCUCUCCCCUCCUUUCCCCCUCUCGCCCUGUCGUCCGCCCCGCCUUACCUGGGGCUGGGCCUUCCUGUCCCUCCUAUCACAUCCAUCCUCCUUCCCCUUCCUCCCUGCUACUCUCCCCACUUCUUCCCCAUUUCUCCCCCUUUUCCCCCAGUCGUCCACACAGCCAUACCUGGAGCUGGACAUAGAGGCACAUGCUUUCCCCCUUUCUCUAUCAUAUCAACUCCCCCGUCCCCCUCUCGCCCCCCUUCUCCCCCCUUCCCUCAGUCAUCCGCCCAGCCCUACAUGGAGCUGGACAUAGACGCGCAUGCCUUCCCCCCCGCCCAUCAAAAGGCGCUGCUCUCCCUGCGCCCCCACCUGCCAGAUGCCAUCCUCGACAUUGCACUCGUGCUGCAGGCGCAGCAGGUGGGCGAGCGGGUGGGCGGCGCGAGGGCGCCACGUGGCGAAAACGUGGCGGGCGACUUUUACGUGGACCACACGUGCAUCAACUGCGACGUGUGCCGCUGGAUGGCGCCCGAAGUGUUCGCCAAGGUCGGGUCGCAGUCCGCCGUGUUCGCACAGCCCGGCGACGAGGCGACCACCGUCAAGGCGCUGCAGGCGCUGCUGUCGUGCCCGACGGCCUCCAUCCACUCGCGCGACUCGCUAUCGCUCGUGCCGCGGGCGCGCGACGCGUUCCCGCUGCCCAUCGACGCGGCGGCGCUGCCCGGCGUGUUCCACUGCGGCUACCACUCGCGCAAGUCCUUCGGCGCCGCGUCCUACUUCAUCCAGCGCGCGGCGGGGAACGUGAUGGUGGACUGCCCGCGCUACUCGGAGCACCUGGCGGAGACACUCGCGCGCAUGGGCGGCGUGCGCUACAUCGUGCUCUCGCACCGCGACGACGUGGCGGACCACGCGCGGUGGGCGGCGCGGUUCAAGGCGGAGCGUGUCCUGCACGCGCUGGAGGUGCAGCCCGACACGACAGACGUCGAAAUGCUAUUGGACGGCACGGGGCCGUGGUGCCUGGGGUCGGACCUGAAAAUUAUCUUUACUCCCGGUCACACCGAGGGCUCCGUGAGUGUGCUGUAUAAGGCGCACGGAGGGGCGCUCUUCUCAGGGGAUCAUCUGGCAUACGCUCCAAAUACGGAAAGCCUUUCCAUAAUGAGACGAGUCAACUGUAUUAGUGCCGGUGCAGAUUCAGAGCACCAAGAAGCUGGUGGGGCUGCCCUUCCGCUGGCUGCUGCCAGGCCACGGGCGGCGGUUUCACUUUGCGAGCGAGGAGCAGAGGGACGCGAUGCUGCAGCAGGUGGUGGCGGGGGAGGAGGCGCUGCUGCUGCGGGGCCUGAGCAGCAGAGGGACGCGAUGCAGCAGCACGUGGUGGCAGGCGAGGAGGCGCUGCUGCGGCGGGGCCACAAGGGAGUGGGCCAGCGAGGGGCAGAGGGAUGCGAUGCUGCAGCAGGUGGUGGCGGGGGAGAGGUGCAUGGGUGCAAGUAUUAG